AAAAAGUAUCAACGGAAAUCUGCAGAUUGGCAGAGCGCCAUGCGUGCGUUGCACCACGGCGUCUGUCAGCGUCCAAUGGUUGAUUAAACUUCAACCAUCUGGUUCUUCUACGCCGUUCUGCGUCUCCUUGUGGAGUAGAAAGAUACCGGCUGGGGAUAAUUCUCGGGGAUGCAUGCUCGAUUCAGGCAUCUUCCCUGUCUUCCCAGGGCUGGCUCUCGCACCCUCAUUUCGUUCCCCCCACGUCCCUUCUGUGCAGGAUUUAGGGUUGCUGCAUGGGCCGUUAUUACUUAAAUAUUUCUCCCUGCCCCUCUGUCCAUCUUCUUGGUUUCCCCCCAUUCUACUUUUUCCCCAUUCUCAUCAUUAUUUUCGAAACCUCGGGGUAACUCCCGGCUGUUACUAGGCUAGUGGCCCCUUGAGAGAUCGAGAAAGGAUCCAUAAUGUCUGAAGAAAAAAAGGAUCUCGAGUUGCACACUGCCGACCAUGAGGAAUUGGCGGUUCCCGAUAAGGGCCGCGAGUUCAGUGACUCCAAGGCCACGGAAUUGACCGAGUCUGCUAUGGACGCUGAGCUCCAAGAGCUCGAGGAACAGCUCAGGCAGACAAAGCCCUCCAGAAUGCUGUUCACCUUUUCCAAUCCCGCUGUCUUCACUUACGUCCUCGUUGGCUUUGCCUCCAUGGGCGGCUUGCUUUCCGGUCUGGAUCAGUCCCUCAUCAGUGGUGCCAACAUUGACCUACCUGGCGACUUGCAUCUUUCUUCGAGUAGGAGCAGUCUGGUCGAUGCUGGUAUGCCCUUGGGCGCUGUAGGCGGCGCGCUGAUUCUGUCCCCUGCCAACGAGUUCCUGGGUCGAAGGAUGGCCAUCAUCGUGUCUUGUAUCUUGUACACUAUUGGAGCGGCAUUGGAAGCCGGCGCCGUCAACUUUGGCAUGAUGUUCGCCGGCCGUUUCAUCUUGGGUAUGGGUGUUGGCCUGGAAGGUGGCACUGUGCCCGUUUAUGUGGCUGAGUGUAUUCCCAGACGAAUUCGUGGUAACCUUGUCUCCCUGUACCAAUUAAACAUCGCAUUCGGUGAGGUCCUCGGAUACGUUGUGGCGGCCAUCUUCAUCAACGUCAAGGGCAACUGGCGCUAUAUCCUCGGUUCAUCAGUUGUCUUCUCUACUAUCCUCCUUGUCGGCAUGAUCUUCCUGCCGGAGAGUCCUCGGUACCUGAUGCACAAGAACCGCGUAGUCGAAGCGUACGGCGUGUGGAAGCUGAUCCGAGGCUUUGACAACUUCGAAGCCAAAGAUGAGUUCUUGGGCAUGCGCCAAGCCGUGACCGCGGAGGUUGAGGAACGGCAGCGUUUGAAGAAGUUCGUCUGGCUCGAUUUCUUCACCGAGCCUCGAGCUCGCCGCGCGCUCAUCUACGUGAACAUCAUGAUCUUUCUCGGCCAAUUCACCGGUGUCAACGCUGUUAUGUACUACAUGAGCACUCUCAUGGGCAGUAUCGGCUUCGACAAAAAGGACAGCGUCUUCAUGUCCCUUGUCGGAGGCGGCGCGCUCAUGUUCGGUACCAUCCCUGCGGUCAUGUACAUGGAACGCUUUGGCCGUCGGUACUGGGCCAACGCUAUGCUCCCUGGCUUCUUCCUCGGCUUGGUGCUCGUGGGCAUCGGCUACCAAAUCAAUCAGGAGACACACCCUGCUGCAGCACAGGGUGUCUAUCUCACGGGUAUCAUCUUGUACCAGGGUUUCUUUGGUUCUUAUGCAACUCUUACCUGGGUCAUCCCCAGUGAAUCCUUCCCCACCUACCUCCGCAGCUACGGCAUGACGACCGCGGACGCAAACCUCUUCCUCUGCUCCUUCAUCGUCACCUACAAUUUCACCCGAAUGAUGAACGCCAUGACCCGGAUCGGUCUCACGCUGGGCUUCUACGGCGGCAUCGCUGUUCUCGGCUGGUUCUACCAGAUCCUCUUUAUGCCCGAGACUAAGAACAAGACCCUCGAAGAGAUAGAUGAGCUCUUCUCCAAGCCUACUUCUGUGAUUGUGAAGCAGAAUUUAAAGAAUAGCAUCCAGGUAGCGAGGGAUUUGGCUCACUUUAGGUUUAAGAAGGUCUUUAUUCCGGCUUGAUGGCUGUCUCACGGAGUGUGUAUGGUAUAUUCUGUCUAUCUUGAUAGAGGAUGGUAUAUUUUCUCUUUGACUUUGGUAUACUUAUUAUGGCAUGAUUAUGAUGAUAAUGGACUUACCUGGUCUCAUCAGAAUCCAGGAUUGUUAACUGUGAACAUUGUAAUCCACCUUGAAAUGAAUUUGAAAUCUACAAUCUACACAGCAAGGACUAAAAUAUAUAUAUAUAUAUAUAUUA